AAGGUAAAGUGUGUUUCAGUCAAGAAACUCAGUGGCUUUCUAUCCUUAACGGCUGCUGUAGGAAUCCGGAAGAUCAGGAAUAGCUUCGUGCAGAGGCAAGCGAAUUGAGAGACAGGAAUUAAAACUACGUCCAGCUUCAUUCUCGGACCAGUAUUCAUGACAACUCGGCACCAUGGAUGAUAUAGGAACUCACGCCAUCGAGUGUUACAACCUGAGCAAGCAUUAUGGGAGAGGGAAGGGCAAAUUGCAAGUAUUGCAGAACCUGGAGAUGAAAGUACCAAAAGGAAAGAUUUACGGUCUCCUCGGACCCAGCGGAUGCGGGAAGACCACACUCCUCCGAUGUUGCUUGGGCCAAUUGAGCAAAGACAGCGGUUUGGUACUGACCCUUGGUCGACCACCACUUACUCGAGGACACGGCAUCCCAGGCAGUCGUGUUGGCUACAUGCCCCAGGAUCUUGCUCUGUAUGGUGAAUUCACAAUCAAAGAAAUGUUGAUCUACUUCGCCACCUUACACAAGAUGAGCCGGAAGGAUGCCAAUGCCAGGAUCGAUUUCUUAUUGGAUCUUCUUAACCUGCCCUUUAGGAACAGAAUGGUAGCAUAUCUCAGUGGGGGUCAGAAGAGGAGAGUGUCCUUUGCUGUAGCCUUGAUCCAGUCGCCUGAACUUCUUAUUCUAGAUGAACCAACUGUCGGGGUUGACCCACUUCUUCGACAGAAGAUUUGGGAGUAUCUACUACAAUUUGCACAGACUGGGCAAACGACCAUCAUUCUCACUACACAUUACAUCGAGGAGGCCAGAAAUGCUGACGUGGUUGGGCUGAUGAGGAACGGGAAACUCCUGGCCGAGGAAGAUCCCCAAGUCCUGAUAAGCACUUACAACUUCCCGACGCUCGAAGAAGUCUUCUUGAAGCUGUGUAUGGCGGAUAUAGAAGGGGAUGAUGAUGAGCACGACAUUCCGAGCAGCGUGCGCGCAGCGAGCAUCUCCGAAGUCAACGAGAGGACACGCCUACUUUCAAAUGGUCAGGUGACACAAUACACCAAUCAGGUUUACGAAGACACACCCGCCGUGGUUGAACUGCCCAAUGGCAAAUCCAAUCAACAUGGAAGUGGUGACGAUGACGUAUUCGUUGAUGAGGAGGCAGUCAAGCCACGCCCUAAAGUGGGCGUGGUCCGGUCAUUGUCUGUCAUGACAACAAAGAGUGAAACUCCAGAAUAUCACUACGACAAGCCGCCGUUGAAAUACACCGAUAUUUUCCCAAGCCUUCUCAACAUGUGGGCACUGCUUGUCAAGGAUCUUCUGAAGCUGAUGAGAAAUCCAGGUCUAACCCUUUUCCAGUUCAUCCUCCCUGUGGUUGAAGUAUGCCUCUUCUAUCUAGCCAUCGGCGGUAAACUUCGGAACCUUGAUGUAGCCGUCAUCAACAACGAUCCCGACGGCCCAUUCAAUCUCAGUCAAAAGUUCCUUGCCCAAAUAGACGAUUCGAUGAUCAACCAGAAACCAGUUGACUCCUUGGAUGAAGCUAUAUCAGAUCUCCGGAACGGCAAAUAUUGGGGCGUUAUCGAUAUACCAGAGAAUUAUUCUUAUUACCUUAUUCAACGGCAAAUUGAGGGUAUUUCAGCUGAUAAUGCAACUCUAUGGGGAAGCACAGUGAGGGUCACAUUGGAUGCCACAAAUCAGCAGAUUGCAAUAUCUAUUCAGACUGGUUUAUUAGCUGCUUACGAGUCAUUCAUCGAAGUUGUUUUGAUCAGCCUAGCAUUAAACCCUGCUCUUGGCCAGAUACCGCUUGUAUUUCUUGAUCCAGUCUAUGGCGAACUUGAUGGACCAUUCACCUAUUUUAUGGCUGCUGGCGUUAUUAUUACGAUUAUAUUCUUCCACGCGGUUGCUUUGACCUCGAUGACCUUUGUUGUUGAGCGGAAAGAAGGUCUCCUCGAUAGAAUCUGGGUCUCGGGUGUUGGAUCGGGAGAAGUAAGCUUAGCUCAUGUGAUGACUCAGUUCCUCAUCAUAUCUGUUCAGAUAGCACUCGUACUUGUCUUCACAUUCGCUGUCUUUGAACUUCCAAACGAGGGCAGUUUAUUCCUGGUUAUCCUCAUGAUGAUGUUACAAGGGUUAUGUGGAAUGGCUCUUGGUCUUCUCAUCUCGGCCUUCUGUGACUCGGAAUCCACAGCUAUUCAACUCGCCCUCGGAUCUUUCUACCCCCUUCUUCUCCUCAGUGGUGUUGUGUGGCCAAUUGAAGCAAUGCCUGAGCCAUUGUAUUACAUCGCACUGGUAUUGCCGCAAACUUUAUCAGCAGAAGGAAUACGAGCAAUACUCGGAAGAGGUUGGGACAUGAGUUACUUUGAGGUGUGGAUCGGGUUUGUAGCCACUACGGCUUGGUGGCUGGUUCUCCUAACGUUAGCUACCAUCGUACUCCGAGUCAGAAGAUAAAUCUAUGUCAUCUGAAGCACGUUGUAGAGAGAGAGAGAGAGAGAGAGAUUUGGUUUAAAAGGCAGCUCAGCAGGGCCCCGUUUUACAAAGAGUUACGAUUGAUCCAAUCGAUCGUAACUCUAUGGAAAUCCAUCAGUGUCAUAUUUUUUUUCUACAGGGAACUUUCCUUAAAACUAAGAAAAUCACACUGAAUCUUCAAGAGAACGAUAAAUGUAUGAAUGUACAUCAUAUCUAGAAAAUAUUUUGAACAAGUUUGCAUUUUUAGAUGUUGACGUUGCUGGCCGUCCAUAUAUUUGUGAUUGAUCGGAUCGAUUGUAGCUCUUUGUAAGACGGGGCCCAGAAAUCAAGCACAAGUCCCCCAAAAAUACGCGUAUUUCAUUGCUUGAAAUCACAACUCUUUGUGCAACAUGCCCCUGCCCAAACCCUAUAUUCCAUGUUCAACCCCAACAUGCCAGAGAAUAUAUAAUUGUGUUUCUACCUUGUAAAUAGGUCUGGGUGUAAGUUGUAACCCUGGGGGACUUCAACAUGAGGUUACGUGGUUGACAUAUGGGACUCACGCAUGUCAUUAAUUUUAUCACUAUUUUAUGGAUACAUCUGAAUCUGUUAGUCCUUAAACCUUUUGCGCGCUGAUGUUGCAAUCUUGCACAUUCGCACAAUUAAAUUCAACAAUCGUAAUUAUUAGUUUUUUCCCCUCCCAUACCGUAUAAUUAGGACUGGGUGUAGUUGUAACCCUGGGGGACUUCAACAUGAGGUUACGUGGUUGACCUAUGGGACUCACGCAUGUCAUUAAUUUUAUCACUAUUCUAUGGAUGCAUCUGAAUGUGGGUGGAUUUGCAAAUAUAUAGGCCUAAUAAUAUAGGGCACUUGUAUAGCGCACAUAUCCAACUUUUAGGAUGCUCAAGAAUAUCCUUUAUUUUCUUAAUGAGAUUCUGAAAUAUAUUUGUAUUGGUGUCAUUUCGAAUUUAUAUAGAGUAUUUAUUGAAAUAAACAAAAAUUAUAUUGCUUAUCUGUUUAUCUUGAAUAAAAUGUGCAAUCAAUCAAUAAAAUGUGCUAAUCAUCAGGUUUUAUGACUUUUACGACUGUGAAAUUGCGACAUUGUUUUACCUUUAUUUUUCUACAUUUAAAUGCGAGCAGAUGUGGCAUAUCUAGGUAUGGCUAUCAAAUCAAAUUUCAAUUUAUCUCUUGUAUUUUAAUUAUCAUUUACAUUAUAGGAACUGCAGUAAUUCUCACAAGUGGCAUUUAUCAUCCAUUUCCGUAUGCACUCUCUGUAAAUAGCUUAUUACAUUUUGAUAUUUCUAUUUUUAACAAUUUAAGUCUAUAAUGGCGAUAGACUUCACAACAUUCCAUUUGUACGUUUGUAGAAAAUUGUCACGUAAUAUCAAUUCAAAUACAAUGCACUGAUAAAUUGCUCAGUGAUAAAAUACAAAUGUUUUCUGAUUAUUUGUUGGGUUAAGGCUAUGACACAAUUAUAAGCCAUGUAAAUCCUUGUCUUAUACAAUUUGAUCUGAUCUUCACAUUUUUUAUUCGCAGAUUGUCGUAUGGAUUGAGAGCUUUAUAAUGGAGAUAACAGAAUUGGAAGAAGUAUGGUUAGAACAAGUGACAACUCCUUGUAUAACGAAGUUUUAGUGAUCAUGGAAUUAUUAUUUUUUUUAAUCGCUUGGGCUUCUUUUUAAAAUUAAUUUGUUAUUAUUUGCAAGUGCUAUUGUUAUAAGCUACUGCAAUUGAAAUAUACAAUCUGGUUAGUCCAGAAUAUACUUACCAUGGAAUGCAUGCAUUGGUUAUUGGUUUUAUGAAACAAGGUCCUGUCUUUUCGAAGUUUCUGGAUUCGAAACCGCCUUGGCAAUGUUGGAAAGUCCUUGUCCAUAGACUACGCCGUCUUGAAAAGCUUGUCACUAUUUUCAUAUUGAUUAAUGAACGUGAAUAAAGAUUGAUAAAACAUAACGUAUCCGGCUGUGUUUUUUUAUCCAGG